AUGCCUCUACCCACUGCUGUGUGCCUCAAAGCUAAUUACUUUUAUCUCGGAAUCGCAGGAGGUCGUACCGCCUGGUCUAGCACCGUCACCGUUCAGGGCCAGAAUAUCGCCGCCCGUUACUGGUAUGACGGUCAGUUUAUCAACAAUGCCAAAGAGGACGCCGCCGAGGUUGCUCUCAAGACUCUAAACCAGCAGCCCCGGGCUGCUACUGUCUACCAGGGUCAGCUGUUCCCACAGGCAACGUCCGGCUAUGGCCGCGGAGCUGGCGGAUUCUGA